AUGUCGACGGAACCACCGUCCAAGCGCGAUAAGUUGCAAUGGGAAUACCCGGUCGCUGGUUUAAUAUCCGGAUUCGCCACCUUAACCGUAAAGUAUCCCCUCGACCUUGUCUCAACUAGGCUUCAAGUUAACGAUGGUCGACUCUUCUCUCAAUUUCCUAGAUACAAGAACACCGCUCACGCCUUUUUCACCAUUGCUCGCUUCGACGGAUUGAAAGGCUUAUAUGCAGGCUUUCUUGCUGGGAUUCUUGGGUCAAGUAUUUCAUCGGGUUUAGUACUCGUUUGCUAUGCCAGAGCUAAACAAAAAUAUGCUAAGAGCAAAGAGGAGAAGUUUCAUCCAGGUCUUGCCUCAGUUGUGGAAACAGGAGCUUUGGUUUGCUUGUGCGCAAAUCCUGUUUGGAUAGUGAAGACAAGGUUGCAGCUUCAGACACCUCUUCAUCAGACACGGCCAUACUCUGGGCUCUAUGAUGCAUUUAGGACCAUAGUAAGGGAAGAAGGGUUUAGGGCACUUUUCAGAGGAAUUGUUCCUGGUUUAUUCCUGGUCGCUCAUGGUGCUAUUCACGUCACUGCAUACCAGGAGCUUCGUAAAACUCUUACUCAUUUGAAGAAUAAAGGAAGUAAUAUACAACAUCAAAACCCUGAUAAAAUUUUGAAUUCUGUUGAUUCUGCUGUUCUUGGAGCAACAUCAAAAGUUGCUGCAAUACUCCCAGCCUAUCCAUUUCAUGUUAUACAGACUCGCUUGCAGCUACGACCUGACAGUGAUGGGAUAUCAAGAUAUAAGAACAGUUGGCAUGUUGUGAAAGAAACUGCACGAUUUGAAGGUGUUCGAGGUUUUUACAAGGGAAUCACUGCGAACCUCUUGAAAAACAUUCCUGCUGCUUCAAUAACAUUUGUUGUUUAUGAAAAUGUUCUGAAAUUACUUAAACAGGCUAGAAGGAAGGACUGA